AUCUUUACUAUUUCGUUCUAUAUCAGCACAUCAGGAAUCUGUCGGACCUAUCAAUCGUGCUUGUGUCGAAGACGCUCCAUAAUACUCUGUCCGUGCCAUGGCGGAGACCAAUGGCCACACUCCCUCACCUCUCCCUAUACCUGAAGGCAUAACCGAAGACUAUGUUGACUGCACCUCCUCUUGUGGCCUUAACUACCACAUCCUGAAAGCCGGCCAACCCGGCCAACCUCUCGUACUCUUCUGUCAUGGCUACCCAGAACUCGCCUUCUCAUGGCGCAAGAUCAUGCCAUCCAUCGCCGCCCAGGGGUACUACUGCGUGGCCAUGGAUCAACGCGGCUACGGCCGGACAACAGGCUGGGACGAGGCUUCCUACGGCGAGGUCGAUCUAACCCAAUAUACAAUGACCAACCUUGUGCGGGACCUCGUCUGCCUCGUCUACGCACUAGGUUACCAAGAAGUACACUGCAUUAUCGGCCACGACUUCGGCGCCGUAUCGUCCGCCAUGGCCGCCCUCAUCCGCCCAGACAUCUUCCAAUCAACCAUCCAAAUGAGCCACCCACAUCACGCGCCUCCCAGCCCACCCUUUGGAGACGAACCUCAAAAGCAGAAGCUUGACGUCCAAGCCGAGCUAGCCAAACUGGAGCCACCGCGGAAACACUACAAAUGGUACAACUCCACCCCCACUGCCGCGCACGACUGGGACAACCCACCUCAAGGUCUGGAAGCCUACCUGCGCGGCUACUUCCAUCUCAAGUCCGCCGACUGGGCCACCAACGCGCCACACCCACUCACAGAAUGGAGCGCAAAACAGCUAGCUGUGAUGCCGGAGUACUACGUCAUGCGGAAGGACCACAGCAUGCCUGAAUCCGUGGCUUCAAACAUGCAAGGCGAAGACGCCAGUGCAACACAACCCUGGCUUUCCCCGUCCGACCUGCAAGUCUACGUCCGCGAAUGGCAGCGAACAGGCUUCCAAGGGGCGCUGAACUGGUAUCGCGCGCAAACCGCUUCGACGCCGCAGAGUGCGAAGGACAUGUUUCUCUUCGCUGGGAGGCGGAUAGAGGUACCGUGCUGUUUCGUCAGUGGGAAGCAAGACUGGGGUAAUUAUCAGCAGCCUGCCGCUUUUGAAAGUUACGAAGACGACAAGGUGGUGCGUAAAGGCUGUUUCAAAGGCGCGAGACUGAUCGACCAUGCAGGGCAUUGGGUGCAGCAAGAGCAGCCAGAGAAGGUCAUUGAUGAGGUCAAGAAGUUCUUGAGCGGGCUUUGAAAGCUCACGUCGCAUUCGAUCAAUCUACAUACAAGAAGUUUAACCAGGCUCUCGAAAGCUGAAUCAUGCCCAUGUUUCCCAGUCAUCACUGUCUAGCAUGCACCCAUCAUAUCCUCACAGAUUCUUGAUCGCAUUCAGGUAUGUAUUUCCACUCGUCGUCAGUGCGCCGUUGCUGUCCGUCAACGGCCAGACGUUCCCAAGCCCAUUCCCAUUGCUCGGUCCAUACGCCACGACAUCAUCAUUCCCUUCGAAGUAGCUCACCACGUCGUUGAUGUAGUUGUUGAUCUGCGUC